AUGUCCAGCACGCACUCCGCCGAGACUCUCAUCUCUACGUUUCUGCAAGUCACUGAAGAUCGGAUCGUGCCUCUGACACGUUCUGGCGUGUCCUCGGGAAGCAAGGUCUUCGGAGCCGCGAUUUUGAACCGCCUAGACUUGUCUCCUGUAACAGUCUCGACAAACAAUGAACGCGUUUCGCCUCUUCUGCAUGGAGAGAUCAACUGCAUCCAGGAGUUCUUCGCGUCCCCAGCAGAAGGUCGUCCAGCCACCAGGGACUGCGUCUUCUUCGCUACACAUGAGCCCUGUUCGCUCUGCCUGAGCGGUAUCACGUGGGCAGGCUUCAAUCAGUUUUAUUAUCUGUUUACCUACGAGGACAGCCGGGACCUGUUCUCGAUCCCUUACGAUAUCGACAUCUUGCAGGAAGUGUUCCGUGUCCCAGCUCCUUCGGAUACACCGGAGACGCUCGCUGCCCGGCCGCUUUACAACCGCAAGAACAAGUUUUUUACGGCUAAAAGCCUUGCCGAUCUGCUUCAGGAUAUCCCAGACGAGACACAACGAAGACAUUGGGCAGCAGAGAUCGAAAGAGUCAAGGGGUUGUACAGUUCAUUGAAUGAGCGGUACCAACAGGGGAAGCAGGCUGGCGCUGAGAGUGCCAGUAUUUGGAAAUGA